UUCAGACUGGCAACAAACAAUGAUAUUGUUACGCAAAAGUGGAAAAUAAGUUUUUGUUCAGUUUUUGCAUUUUUUCUAGGAAUUGUUGCUGUUGUUUUGAAACAUGAUAUGUUUGAACUACCUAGUGUUAUCAUAUUUACUUUUUGUUGCUGCUUGUGCUGAUGAAGAAGAUGUAACUGUAGAAUUCAGCUCCCCUGAGAUCAACAAGCCUUCAGAAAAUGCGAAAAAUGCUAGUCAGUUGAUACUUCAAGAAAUUGAGGGACAUAUUAGUGAAAGAUUGUUGUCUGAGAAAACAUUAAAAGAUGGUGCUAAUCUGACUGCAGAUGGGAAAUUGGAAAAUACAAAUGGUACUGGGAAUUCAUCUGCUGAAGGAAAGAAUGUUAUUAAAGUACAAUGUUUACCCAGAGUUCUAGCUGAAAAUGAGGUUCCGACUGUUACUUUAACAAAUGGCAGUAUGUUUUUGAAAGCAUUAACCCCAUCUCCUGCUAACACGAGUACGGGCGAAUGUUCUGUGGUUUUAUUCUAUUCUUCGCAGUGUGCUUUCUCUGCAAGAAUGGCUCCACAUUUUAAUGCACUUCCUAGGGUAUUUCCAGACAUAGCCUUUUAUGCUGUUGAUAUUCUUCAAACUGGAAACAUCCACGUACGAUAUGGACUGGUCUUCGUGCCAAAUGUGAUGUUGUUCCACAAUUCCAAGCCUGUUGGCAGGUUUAAUGAAACAACCCUUAAUUUAGAGCAAUUUGUGAAAUUUAUUCAUAAAUUUACAGGUUUACAACAUAAUGGAACUUUGAAUGUGACAUCUGCUGAUAUGAGUGGUCCCGUUCCUUCUUCAAUAGUGAAAAAAACUGACUAUGUUUUAAUUUUAGCAUGGGCAUUUACUAUAUGCUGCCUGUGUUUUGGUUUCCUGAAAUCAUCCAUCUGUCAUCGCAUUGUAGAAUUUUUGAAGAACACAUGGCAAGAAGCUGCUGCUGCACAACAUGAACAUGAAGAUUGAUGUUUUACAAAGCUGUCAUGUGUCUUAAAGUUUCAUGACUCGUUCAUUUGAUGUAAGGAAUAAAUGUUGGAUCUGUAUUGAACUUCUCUGAUAGAGUGGAUGAUCAGUGUGCUUCUCACUAGGGUGGAUCGAAAAAAAUGAAAUUUCAAAUCUUAAUUUGGAAUACCUGCCAAAAGCUGUGCAUGUGUAAGUACAAUACACAUGUAAAAUAUUAUCAAGUUUGAACAACUCCUUGAGGGUCCUACCAAAGGCUUGAAUUUUUUCCAAAAAUAGGAAAAAGGUCAAUUUUCCAAAAUUUUUAUGAAAAUAAUAAGGUUCAAAAUUUGUGUUCUAAUAUCAUUAAAAUGUUUCCUUUUAACACGCUUUUCAUGUAUCUUCAAAAUUAUUUACAUGCUUUGCAGUAUUAGGUUUGCACACAAUUUCGUGAAAUUUCCAAAAACUGACUUUUUUCAAGCUUUUUUGCACAUGGCAAUAUUUUUUUCUCUUAAAGUAGAAUUUGUUUUUGCAAUGACUGUGCAGAAUGCAGUUUUAAAUGGAAAUUAUACUUCAUUACAUUAACAGCCCAGCACCUACGACAAGGAGCGUAAUUGCUUCAAACUGGAUCAGUGGUAAAUUGUCGCACCUGUCUAGCAAUUUACCUAUUGGUCCUGCGAAAAUUCACAUGGACCAGCAGUUUCACCAACAAGUAAAGUGAACAGGCGACGCAAAGGCUGCUCGGAUGCAGUUCGUAGAUUAAUCAUGGUUCAGGAUGUCCACUUUUAUUCUCUAUGGCCGCAAUUGCAUCAUUCUUUUUUCUGGUAUUCGUGGCCGUGCCAUCACAGCCGAAAGCUAAGAUCCUUAAGGCUUAAACAAAUUUUCAGUUCAAAAAUCACAUUGCUGUCGCGACAUGUUUUCCCGUUCCAGAAGUUGGCGUCACGUGACCCAAAUAAAGAGAAUUGGAUUUUUCAACCAUGGAUUCCUAUGAUUCUUCCAUGGUAUCUGUCUCCGACCAUAUCUUUUUGUCAUAGUUUUGUCUUUUCGGCUAUCGAAAAAUGUACUUUUCAAACCCUUUCACUUCUAGUUUGCAGGUUUUGAAGAGAAGCACUUACUUCGUCUGUGACACUUCUGUUGCUGUCUUCGAAUUUUAUUUCUAUCAACUUUAGAGCGGUAAUUAUUUGACACAGUACCAAAAUCUUGUAAUGUUUCUGAAGCAAUUGCUACAGCACAUCGCACAUCUGUCAGAAAUGCCGUACUGGUAGCACACUGUUUAUAGCGUUGGCAGAGAAAGCCUCAUUUGGUCCACUUUUGAAGUGACAUCAACACCAAAAGAUGUUGAUGGCUCUGUUGGCAGGAGUAUAGCCAUUGCAAUUUUUUUUCUUCUGGAAUUGAAACGAAACUUUGCUGUUCCUCAUCAGUGUUAUUACAGCAUCUCGUUACAUAAGUGAAAAUCUGAAAAAAAUAUUGAUCCUGUCAUUCAACGAAAUACCUAUUUUUGCCACCCGGAAAAAAUUUUCUUAACAGUGAUCACUGAUGAACGAAAGUACAUCAGAGAACUGGGUUUGCAAAGAUUUUGAAGGCCAGACAAUUGGUUUCUGUUCAUGAAGGAAUAAGAGAAUUCUAUAAUUCAAAGAUUAACUUUAAUGCAUCAGACUACUAUAAUGUUAUCAACCGGCAAGAAUGUGCAAUAACUGCUACCCCUCUUCUAUUUUAGCUGGCAUAUCUAAUUAAAAUAUUCAACAAUAGAUUAAAAACACCAACGCCGAUUUUGCAUUCGUUUAGUUCCCCUGUCACACGCAGGUGGUGGAACGCUGUGCUAAUAUGGUGACAGAAGCUUCUUUGUUUGUGUUUAGUUAAUCAGCGAAAGAUGGCUUCAUAUGAGCAAAAAUCAAACCUCGAAGUAUCAGGUCAUCGUUUGAAUCAAAAAAUGAUUUCAAAGAGGUUUCAUGAAUGGAUGUGACAAACUGACUAUUUUAUGAGGCUUUAACUAAUUGAUACUUUUUAAUUUCCUCAUUUUGUCAUAUACAUUCUUUGUAACCAAUGCACUUCUCACUAUGGUUUUUAGUUAAUACAACUAAAUCAUUUUGAUAGUUUACUUCUAAUGUAAAAUGAAUAAUACAUUUAAACUUAAUACAUGUGGCUCGGCAGAUGGAAAAGGUAGAAUGGAACUCGAAAUGCAGCCAUUUCUUUUUAUUGGAUUCAGGGCUAUUAAUGUAAUAAAGUUUAACUUCACUUCCGUUUAAAACUGCAUUCUGUACAGGCGUUGUAAAAAAGAAAAGUUGACUUUAAAAGAAGAAAUAUUGCAAUGUGCAAAAAAGUUUUAAAAAAGUCAGUUUUUGGUUAAUUUCGCGAAACUUUACGGCUUAUGUGCGAACUUAAUAGUGCAAAGACUGUAAAUAAUUGGGAAGAUACAUGAAAAGAGUGUUCGAAGGAAGCAUUUUAACUGUAUUAUAACAAAAAUUUUAAACACUAGUAUUUUCAUAAAAAUUUUGGAAAAUUGACCUUUUUUUCUAUUUUUUUGAGAAAUUCAAGCCUUGGUAGGACCCUUAAAGAGUUGUUCAAACUUGAUAAUAUUUUACAUGUGUGUUGUACUUACACAUGCACAGCUUUUGGCAGGUAUUCCUAAUUGAGAUUCCAAAUUUCGUUUUUUUCGAUCCACCCUACUUCUCACCCAUGAAUCUGCAUCUGUGUAAAAUACUGAACACCAACAACUUCAUCACCAGAUAAAAGUGUGUGUGUGUGUGUGUUUUUUUUUUAGUAACAAAACUGUACCUCUAUCUGUAUAAUGCAAAAGAAAA